CACAGGUGCUGCGCGAGUAGGGCGAGCGGCGAGGAGGCGCUCUGUCGCCCGCAAAUGUUGAUCGUCGGAGAAAUGUCGCCCAGGAACGUUUUGAAAAGCGAAACGAUAGCAAACAUGCUAACAAUGCUAACGCCUGGGCUGAGGCUAAUUCCUGGAUUGGCUGUUUGUCACUAGCCGGCUUACCCCCCCACUGCGAGCAUUUGGCUAUUAAUAGCCACUUUCUAUUGGCAUUUGUGGACCCGCGUAUCUAACCUGCCGGAUGCUUUGUCCCAAACGAUCCUCCACAUUAAACAAGCCUGCCAUUGCACCUCCUGUGUUUGUUUUCCAAAAAGAUAAAGCUCAGAAGCGAUCUGCAGAAGGCUCGAGUGCAGAGGAUGGAGAAGAUUCAGAUAAAGAUGAGGGAAGUUAUUGUCCUCCUGUGAAAAGGGAAAGAACCUCGUCAUUCCCGCCCCCACAUUCUGUUCCCAAGAACAAUGUAUUCAUGCCCUCAAGUUUCUGCCAGUCGCCCACUGGGAAUUCAGACUCUGAGCCAGAAGAGAAACCUGUGGGAUUCCGCUUAAAGCCACCGACUCUAAUACACGGACAAGCCCCCAGUUCAGGCGUCCCAAGUCAGAAACCCAAGGAACAGCAACGCAGUGUCCUCCGCCCCGCCGUUCUCCAAGCUCCACCCUCCAAAUCACAUAUAGAGUCAAAUUCCAGUUGUGGAACCAAUGGCGUGAAAAAGACAUCAGAUGGAGCGUCUGUGACUCCGUCGCUCUUCUUGAAUAACAAAGAUCAUUCACCCCCAUCGGCCAAGUCACUGAAACCUGAAAAUCAGGAAGAUGGAGAGAGUGGCAGCAAAGAUGAAGACGGGAGAGAAAACGAGAAAUCUGUAGCUCUAUCGUUUGUGUUUGGUCAGAAUAUCAAAGACAGAGCAAAGUUGGACAACAGCAGCACAGAAGAAAACUCAAAGGAUAGUUUGCUACCGGACUGUCAGUCAGAGAGCACAAAUUAUUUCUUACAGUACAUCUCCACCCCAAGUUCAAAAAAUGCCUCAAACAGUGGAGAGAGUGGAGCCAAGUUUGUGUUUGGGCAGAAUAUGUCUGAACGGGUUCUGAGUCCUCCUAAAGGAGAGGCAUCCAGUGAGGAAAGUAAAGAUGUUUGUGCUGCUCCUGCUUCAGAGUCUCCCUCACAGGAAACAGCCACAGACAAAGAUGAGGCUGAACGCCCUCCUGUGUGUGUAGUCAACAGUGUGUCCGAGUCCCUGGAGGAGUCUGCAGCAGCUUACACCAAAGCCACAGCCAAGAAGUGCGUCUUAGAGAAAGUCGACGUGAAAACUGGAGAGGAGUCAGAAAGCAACGUCUUGCAGAUGCAAUGCAAGUUGUACGUUUUUGAGAAGAAAGCUCAGUCGUGGAUAGAGAGAGGUCGAGGGCUGCUGAGACUCAACGACAUGGCCUCCACAGAAGAUGGAGCCCUACAGUCCCGCCUAGUGAUGAGGACCCAGGGCAGCCUGCGGUUGAUCCUCAACACCAAACUCUGGCCGCAGAUGCAGGUGGACAAAGCCAGCGAGAAGAGCGUGCGAAUCACUGCCAUGGACACGGAGGACCAGGGCGUCAAGGUCUUCUUAAUAUCGGGUAGCUCUAAAGACAUCGGGCAGCUGGCUGCUGCGUUACAUCAUCGGAUCUUGGCUCUGAAGAGCAAAGCGGAGCAGGAAACGGAGGCCCUGACGACGACCAUCCCUGACGCAGAGGUACCACAGUCCAACGAAGACGACAGCGACGAAGAGGACAAAGCGUCUGCUGCAGCCUCUGCUCCUGCUGCAGGUAACUCAGAAGGAGGGGAGAGCCAGGCCGCAGGAAGCACAUAGCGCCGCUCUUGGACCGCCUUUUCUUCAGGCAUCUCCACGGACAACCCUUGAUCAAUGUAGGUCACCCAGACCAGUACUUUUGGAUAGUCUAGCUCCAGGAAAUACCCCCCAUGCCGGAGUGUCUCACCCAACCCGUGCAGUCGUCUUCUCUGCAUUCAACGUUAAAUCUGGACUUGUUUGUUCCCCCCCCUCUCCUGUUUUGUGUUUUAUUUUUGUUUUCGAGUAUUUUUUUCUUAUUCCGAUAGCAAAAAUAAAGACUUCAAAGCUUUGGUUUGGGACUUUUCUGCUCAUCAUAUUGAUGAGUGUAAGGGUGUUUUCCUCUGCGUUUGAAUUAACGGCACAUGUUAAGACUGCAGUUUCUACUAUGGGACCUUUCUACUGGCUCUACAGCAGCGCCUCUGGCCCCCACGCGUCCCGUAGACCUUCACCUUAUAGAGCAGCCAUCCUUCAACCCCCCAUCCCGACCAGUCCCUGCUUUAGGUUGGCAGAUGUAAUUUAUUUGGGCGGUGACUUUGUGUUUUCAUGGGGCGGUUCCCGUCUGUGCCGGGUAGCGGCGGCCGCCGGAGCGCUCCCGACUGCCACCGUGUUCCUCUGGACGCUCACAGGUUCAUGUGGUCGAAUCCUCUGAAAUUGUAGCUUCUGAUGAGAUUAAUCCAUUCAAUCGGCCAUUUCUAACGGAGAAACCACCUUCUGCAUGACACUUCAUCAUCCCAAGAGUUUUUGUUUUUGUGUUGAGACAUUUUUAUGUUGACAUUUCUAUAAACUUUUUAUCCAUGUACAUUUGGAGAAGCUGUUGGAAUGCAGACUGUGUGGGAGUGAAAACUGUAAUACCCUCUGAAUGUCAUGUACAUUUGAAUAUAUUAUUUAGUAGUGCACCAUGUUUUCUCAUCUCCAGCUGCCCCUUUACAAAAUAAACCAUUUUGGACAGAA